AUGAUAGGAAAAUUACUUUAAAAGACAAGAAAUGAUCUCUGGUAAGGAUUGAUUGCUGUGUCUGUUAAGAAGGAGUAUAACAUCAAUGAUGCUGCAAAGAAUGUAUCGGGACAUAAUCUACCAAAGGCCCCAGAGAACCCUUACAGAAAGAGACCAUUAAAGCUUAAAUACGACAAAAAUGAUUAUCACGCUUUCAGAUUACCUUCAGAGCAAGCUUUCUUACUCGGUGGAUUUGACACUGAAGACCUUUUCGGGAAAAGAAAGGGCAUUAAUCACUCACCUCAUAUUAGAUCUCAACUUGAUUUAGACUCAAAUCUUGUUUGGGCAUAUUUCUUGUUCUGUGUGUUAGCUCUUGGAUUAGAGUAUAAAUAUCAUGAUGAGUUCGUUGUUCUCAGACAAAACUUCCUCAAUCAUGAUAUGGGUAGAUUUACUGAGGAAGACUUCAAGUGA